UGAUAAUGUAAUGACUUUAUUCUUUUUCUAUGUUUGUGCAGUUUUGUGCCCGUGAAGAUGAGCUGUGUGAGCGGUUGGUGUGUCGGCUCGGUACCCUGGAGGCGGGAGGAGAUGCCAUAAUCAAACUGGAGAUCAGACUGAACCCAGAUGUAUUACUGCAAGCUCCGGGUCGUCAUGGUGUCAUGAGGUUGGAGAGCACAGCGCUGAUGUCAAACCCCAGAGAAAGCCCUCACACCGUCCUCAUCCACGAACAACCAGCAGCACAGGUGGUUGUUGAGGCUAUUUUUACCCAGAAACCCUCAACAACUGUAAAGGUCUUCAUCAUCGUCGUCAGUUUAGUUUUGGGUCUUUUGAUCCUGGCUGCUCUCAUCUGGUGUUUGUGGAAGGCCGGUUUCUUUAAGAGGGAGUUCCAGAAAAAGGAGGAGGAAGAGUUCAAGAGAGACAGCUGGGACUACGUUCCUAAAAACGACAAAAGAGAGAGCACUUCCUAACCCCGACUCUGACCUCUGACCUCAGGAGGGAGUUCACAUUGUGACUGUGCAACAGAUUCAAUGAGACAUGUGUGCUGAUGAAUGGAGUGCUGUGUGAAAAUAUGGCUCUCCAAUUCAUCCAAAAGCAGUGGAAAGUUGCCGUUGAACACCGUCGGCCAAUGAAAUCUGUCCAGACUGAGUCAGCUGGUUUCAGACGUGACGCCCGUGUCACCGAUGAUAAAAUGUCUCAAGUGAACGCCUCCUGAACUUGAACUUUAAAACUAUUUUUAAUAAUGUGCCUUUACAAAUCCAGACAAGAUCAAAGACUUGAAAAGAAGGCAGCAAUGGAUGGAGGAAUAAUAAAAGGGAAGUUAACCUGAAUCAAUCAGAAGGCCUCAGAGCUUCCUGGGAUGCUACAUCACUUUUGACACUUAUUGAUGACCGCCAUUCUGACUCUCUUAAGUUGAAAAAAGCCAAAGGAAGAGACUUUCUGAUGACCUUUGAUCUCAAGGGAUGGAAACCUGGCCUCUGAUUGGCUCAUCACGCCUCGGCCACACUGCCUACCUGAGCAGCCAGUGUGCUUUUGCUUUCAUUUUGGUGCACAUGUUAACAGGUUAGAGCUGCCUCACAGCCCACGCCUCAUCAACUAUAGAGAUUUAAGUGUCAUUUUCUUUUCCUGCGUGAGACAAGGUGUUCCUGUCAAAAACAACAUAUUUUAUUAUUUGCUCGUCAUGGUAAAGCCAUUCAAUCAGUGUCAAUUUCUAUAUGUGAAGAAUAAGUAUCAGUUAAAAAGUAUUUAUUUAUUACUCAGCCCUUCCUCUUUCUGUUUAUAAUUAAAAGCCCUUCAAAGGUUUCUGUGGAUAAAAUCCCUUCAGGCUUUUAAUGUGAGAUGUUUGCGAGACCAUGUUGUGGAAAUUGCAGUGACUUGCAGGCUCCAUAAGUUGGUCACUAAAUGCAAACUCAAUGUAGAAAGAACGGGCUGCAGUUCAGAGAAGUAGCUGUCAGAGACAUGAUGAGGUAGGCCGUGCAUCGCUUUCUGUAGAACCUCCUUUUUAAGUGCAAGUCACAAAGACCACCAUUUUAUUCAGGCAUAUUUAAAUCAUAGAGCGCUUUCUUUAGGAUACUCAAAGAUUAUGUACGCGAGAAAUUAAAUAAUAUUUUUUGGGGUGAACUGCUCCUAGAUACAAGCUGAACUAUUAUUGUGAAAAUGCAGCAAAAUAUGCAACAUGUUGAGUCGCAGGGUUGAAUGUUGAAAGACUACUUGAAGUAAUGUUUGAUAUUUAAAAAUACUCAAUGAAUGCAGACAUCGAAGCCAGCCGCUACCUUCCCUUAUGUUUAUUUCAUACAAAUGCAAAUCACACAGAAAUAUCUUCUUAGUAUUUAAAUGAAUGAGUAUGUUUUUGUUUUUUGUGAAGUUGUUCUGCACUGGAGUCUCACUGCUUUUAGCAACACCUUUUUAUUAAAAUUAAGGAUUUUCUAUUUAAACAACAACUUGUAUCGUUUUCAUCAUCAUGAUUACAUCUGUUAAAAGACUGCUUUAUCAGAAUAAUAUAAUAAAAAAUGUUAUAUUCAAAUAUUACAGUCUUUGGACACUUUGGGCUCGUCGAGUCUGGUUCUGCUCAUCUGUACAAAAACAUUUAACAUAAACUUUAUAUUUUUGUGUUGGAUUCAAUACUUUUAACUUCCAGAAACUGGACAGGUUAAAA